AUGUAAAGAAAGAAUUGGUAACAAGAAGUAUGUUUCUAUUUUAUAUUUUAUUAGGAAGAUCACGCAUUAUUAAAGAAUUGUGAACUUCUUCAUUAUGAUUGGAAAAGAGUUUCAAAAAAUAUGAAUUUAAUGGGAUUCAAAAGAUCUGGCAAGUCUUGUAAAGAAAGAUUCUAAAAUUAAUUAAAUCCUCAUAUCAAUAAAGAUUAAUGGACUCAAAAUGAAAUUGAAAAACUUUUUGAGUUACAAAUUAAAUAUGGAAAUAAAUGGGUAUUUUAUCUUAUAUAUUUUUAUAGAGAAUUAUUGCCAAAGAAUUCCCUAAUAGAACUGAUGGCCUUAUCAAAAAUUAUUUCUAUUCCCUCGUUAGAAAAGUUCUUAGAAGACUUUCCAAAACUGUAAAUAGAAAUAAAAAUGGUAAAUUUAUAUAUAUUCCCUUUAGGUUCUAAAAUGACUAAGAAUUUAAAACCCUCUGUUAUCUCCUCUAUUUUUUGUGCAAACUUAAAUGAAACUUAAAAUUUAAUUGUUAACUCUGAAUUCGCUAAUUUAUUUAGAAAUAUCAUUUUCAAGUAUAAAAAUUUUAACAUGUCUUAAUCGAUUGAUAAUGACGACAUUGGAAAAAUUAAAAUAAUAUUUCUAACGUUACAAAAAUUAAAGUAUUUUAUACUAUUUUAAAAGUGAAUCAUACAAUUAUGAUAACAAGAAAAAGGUAGAAACUAAAAUUAACUAAAAACAAUAGAAACUCAACAGAAAAUAAAUCAGUGCUAAUUUUAAUGCAGUAUUUUAUUAAAAUUAAUUAGAUUAUUAUAAAUAAAAUCAAUAAUUAAUUACCUGUCUUUACUACUCAUUUGUAUCCUAUAGAAAAAUUAUUCAAAAGAUAACAACAUUCUUUAUAUCCUCCUCCUUAAACAAAUUUAUAACACAAGUUAUCUUUAAAUAUUUAAAAUAUGGACUAAACUUUUAGUUUUAGUGCAUUACCUUUGAAAACCCAAUAAUAAUAUCUAUUUUAUCAUUAAAUUCCAUAAUACUUUUAUGUAUGGUCUUUAUAAUUAAUAUAGUCUCUGAAUUUAAAUGCACAAAUAUUUUAAUAACAAAGCAUAAAAAAUAUGUAUAAUUCUUAUCAUUAAGAAUCAAAUCAAGUUAAGGAAGAAAAGGAGGAAUGA